AUGGGCAAUCGGUUGGAGAAGCUUCGUGGCGCCAAGCUCAUCGCUGCUUGGAAGGGCUUUUGUGAGGGCUGGAUCGAAGAAGCCGAGCGUUUAGUCUCGGUUGCAACGCUCGCCAGUCGAACAUCGUCGGUGCUCGAAAAGCUGCGCGACUCCGCACGAAGCGCUCGGGCAGAUGCGCGCCGCGAGCCUACCUUUACGAUCGGGAAGGCGGCCGAGCUCGUUGGGCGGACGCCGGCGGCUAUCCGUGACGCCGAGAAAGAUGGAAGGCUGCCCGAGCCGGCGAGGACAGAUAGCAAUCGACGCGAGAGGUACACUCUUGCCCAGCUUAACGACAUGCGCGGCGUGUUCGGCACCAGGCCGUAUCGUGCUCCGACCGAUCCGUGUUGCGUGGUUGCGGUUCAGAAUUUCAAAGGCGGCGUCGGCAAAUCGACGCUGUCUGUUCAUCUAGCGCAGUAUCUCACGAUCAAGGGCUAUCGUGUUGCAUUGAUUGACUGCGACAGCCAGGCCUCUGCGACGACGCUGUUUGGCUAUGUGCCAGAUCUCGAUCUGACAGAGGACGAUACCCUCUACCCAUUCCUUCGUGAGGGUGAGCGGUCAUCGCUCGACUACGCCCUCCGCAAGACCCAUUUCGACGGCCUUGAGCUGAUCCCUGCCAAUCUUCGCCUGUUUAAUUCCGAGUACGAACUGGCUGCCAGAAUGGCGCAGGGGAACGGAGCCUUACUUGACCGCCUCAAGGAAGGGAUUGAGAGCAUCUCGGAUCGGUUCGAUGUCAUCGUCAUGGACCCACCGCCGGCCCUCGGGGCUAUCUCUUUGUCCGUGUUGCGAGCUGCGAAUGCGUUGGUGGUUCCGGUUCCCCCGACCGUGAUGGACUUCUCGUCGACUGCGGCAUUCCUCUCAAUGCUUGAUGAGACGAUUGAGCAGCUGGCCGACCGGGGUCUUGCCCCAGAACUGACGUUUCUGCGCUUCGUUGCCUCGAAGGUCGAUGAGAACAAGUCGAUGCAGAAGGAGCUUCUGCAGUUGAUGCGGACGCUGUUUGGUCACGCUAUGGUUCGAACGCCGCUCAAGGACUCUGCCGAGAUCGACAAUGCGACUGCACGGCUGAUGACCGUCUAUGAACUCGACGGACCUGCUACGAGCUCGGCGGUACGCAAUCGCUGCCUAAAUUAUCUUGAUGGCGUGAACUCAGAAAUCGAAGUCGACAUUCGAUCGAUGUGGCCAAGCCAUCAAAAGCGCCUCCGGCAGGAGGCCUUG